UGAGAAUAUUUUUCUUCUGUUAACGAUUUAUAGUUUUCAAGGAGGAAAUGCCUCGAAUAAUUGCUGUGGCUAAUUAUGAAGAAAUGUCAAAAGUUACAUUCCUAUUGUGUUUAUUGCUUAAAAAAUAUAUAACAGUGGAAGUUGCUGGCAUCGUUAUGCGUUGCAUUUUAUAAUUUAGAGAAUGAAAACGUUAAUGGGGAAAGUAGUUGCUUUGGGUUCACAAGGUAAAUUUUACAUCACGAUCAAAGGUGUUGGCAAAACUAGUAUGAUCAUACGCUAUACUGGUAAAACAUUCAACGAGCAUGUGAGUCCUACAAUUGGCGCGUCAUUUUCUACUUGUAAAUUCAACAUGGAAAAUGCAAGAAUAGUACUACAGGUGUGGGACACUGCAGGACAGGAAAAAUUCAAAUCAAUGGCACCAAUGUACUAUAGAAAUGCCAAUGCAGCUAUGUUGGUGUUCGAUUUAACUCAGUAUAAUACAUUCGCAGCAAUGAAGGGAUGGGUGACAGAGCUUCGAAGAAAAGUAGAAGAUACUAUGGUACUGGUAGUUGUUGGGAACAAAUCGGAUUUAAGGAAAGAAAGGCAAGUGGAGGCUGAGGAAGGUAGAGUGUAUGCUACGAAAAUUGGUGCAACAUAUCACGAGACAUCGGUUCUGCAAAACGAAGGAAUCGAAAAUGUCUUUUUCACUAUUGGUAAGGGUCUCCUUGGAUUAUCGUCAACCGAACACGAUACUACCUCCGUCAGAAUAUGCGAGUCGAAAAAUUUGAAUUCGAGCACGACGGAUGUCUCACUUACACCAUCCCUCGAGGAAAGUGCUGAAAACUUGAGUAUUGCUCAUGGGAUACAAGAAAGACCGCACAAGUGCUAUUGUUACGGAAGGGUAUCAAUUGGGUCCAAGUUACCAGAUAUGGAUAACGUGUUACGAGUCGACGCCCUAAGCUUAACGGAGUGCAAAGAAAGCUGUUCAAACGAUAGAAAUGGUUGUGACGCAUUUUCAUUUGGCGUUGGCCUAAAGGGUAAUAGUACCUGUUUGAUUAGCCCACGAGUACCAGUACUAGAAAAUUUGGAAAUUCAUCCAGAGUAUGACGUUUACGUGAAAAAACGGCACGAUUCGCUACGGUGUGACUUCGAUCGUCUCUAUUACGGAAGUCUUAUUCGUGGAAGUGGAAACGAGAGUGGAAGUCGUUGGACGAAAAUGAAAAGAAUAAACAAAAAUGAACACCUUUCAAAUACUAGCAAUCUUCUUCUUCGUUCGAAAUUAAUACGAACCUCGAUGCCGGCAUCAAUACCGCUUAACGCAUCACCAUUCUCGAGGUAUUGUACAAUACAGUAUGUAUGUAUACGUUGUGCCCUACCACCGGCCGAUUUCCUUCGAUUUUCGACAAAUAACUUUACUAUCUAUUACCAUAACGGUAUCGACCAGUCCUUUUGUGCAAGUGUUCAACCUGAGGAGGAGUUGAAGACAAAAAAGAUGUUUGUAAAAACGUGGUUUUUAUGGACUUUCAUUUUGUCCACGCCUUAUCCCCGUAUAACUAAGAGUUCAACGAUAUCGGAGAAAAGUAAUAACAAUGAUUUCACACUUGCAAUUUGCCAUCGAAAACUGUUACCUGGCAAGAAGAUGAUGGAACUGCUCGUCGAACGCGUCGUCAGUUGCGAAAAUCUGCAAGAUUGUUGUCGGGCAUGCGAUUACGAAAAGACUUUCGCCUGCAAAGGUUUCAAUCACAGGCGCAGAACAGACGAUUCAAAGUGUAUAUGCGAGCUGACGUCAACGCCGCAUUUUCGCAUGGACGUUGAUGAAGAUUUCUCAGUUGAUUCUCAUUACGAUUACUACGAGAAGAAUCAAAAUUGCCUACCUUCGACGUUCGAUCCGGUGAAAAACUACGAGCCAAGUGGUCGAAAUAUGUGGUCGGAUCGUGUCGUGGGCGCGGACAAAGAUCAUUUCUACAGAGAAAUUUAUUCGCUAUCGAAUAGCGAAUCUACUCGUGAUUAUCCCAAUGGCCUUGCACAGCCCAACCAACAAUUCAAUUACGAAGAACCUCGCGGUGGUUUCGCGUCUCGUCAGAAUGCACCUUUAAAUUGGAAUCACAAAUGGAGAAAUUCCGAUGUUACCAAUGGCAACACACUCCCCAAUUCUCCCUUAAACUACGAUAAAGAAUACGUGGACUACGUAAGAUCUUCAAUUUUCUCCAAAUCACCGAUCGAACAGGACCCUUCUCCGGAGCACGGAUUUUCCCUUCCUGACCAACAUGAACACUUUUAUGGAAAAUUUUAUAAUUACGGUGGUGCAUUUGGCUACAACGAUAACUCGUAUGUGUCAGCCACAAGGACACCGUUUCAAUCACUUUUCGAGAAACACGAUAAACUCCAAACGACACGUAGAUGCGCAACGAAAGCCGUUGCGGGUUCGAAAUUAGGCAGAAGCGUUUUACGAAAGACUUGCCUGGCACAUGAUUUCGAUCAGUGCGAAGAUCUUUGCAUCAACGAAACCAGUUUUUCUUGCCAAAGUUUUGCUUAUAGAUACAACGUACUUACCGCAAAUCCCACGGACAAUUGCUUAUUGAGCGACCUUUCCUAUCGAGAUUUAAAUUUUUACACGGAUCUCGAACCAGACCGCGAUUACGACAGCUAUAUAUUCAUGCCGGAUGAUAAGAUCUGUGAUUUGAAAAAGUCAACGAAUCGAUAUCCAGCGGAGGAAUGCUUUUCAAGAGUGAGAAGUGGAUUUACCAUGCCGAUGGACAUUACGAACAACUCCAUGUUCGUAAAUGAUUUGGGGGAAUGCCAGUUUGCAUGCACUGCGUCGCAACAAUUUCUUUGUAGAAGUUUCGUUUUUAACUAUGCUGUGAACAGUCGUGGACGCAAUCACCAACACGUACCGUUCAAUUGUUUCUUAAGUGAUUGGCCUACGGAAGAAAUGAAUCCUACGAAUAUGCCGGAUAUGGAUGGUGCUGAAUUGUACGAGAGAAAUACCUUUUCUUACGGUUGUGAAAUCUACCCUUCUACGUCGUUAUCAUUUCCACAUGUAACCAUUCCAAAUGACAAACGAUUCUCCUCGAUGCACACGACGGAUGAACUUUGUUACUCCGAGCAUCACAGACCAUGCAAAUUAAUGUCUCACGCGAUAGUGUCUUCAAUGCGUGCUCUUACAAAAUCAGAAUGCCGACGAAAAUGUUCGACAAUGAGAAACACUGCUGCGAUACCUUGUAUGUCUUUCAAUUAUCUUAUCAACAUCGACGGUACACGGGAUAAUUGUUUUUUAAGCGAUAUAUCGAGACGAGAUUUAAGACCAAAUCUAGACUACGUUCGUGAUAACGAUCACAUAUUAUACACGUGGAAAGAAUUCGAUCCAUUAUGCGGUAUAACACCAGCGUUUGAGAAACACGCACAAUCGUCGUCGCCGUCGUCUUCUUCCUCGCCACUUCUUCCCAUGUUGAACGACCUAAAUACUCAAAGGACAUUAGACAGUGGCUCUCAUAUUUAUAGACCGAUUCUUCAUUCUUCCACCACUCGGUGGGAAAACAAAUUUCGAUCCGAGAAUCACCAACACAAUUAUAAGCAUGAAUUAACUAACGGGGAUGACAAAUCUAAUUCCGGUGGCUCCGAAUAUCAACUAAACUUUCUCUAUUCGAGCCAACUUUCCCCUUUUCGACGUUACACGGUAAACGGUAAUCCUUGCAGAAACGGUACCGUAUGUCAGCGAAACGAGAUCACUGGAUUUUGGUCUUGCGAAACCGAAAACGAGUACGGCGGCAGUUGGGAUUAUUGUUGCGAGCCGAAUCACCAAUGUGGAUUUUCCCAAGGAUAUCAUUACCCCUGGUGUUACGUGGGUUCUAACGAAGAUCAAUGGAGACCUUGCAGCGAAACGUAUAAUCCAUAUUAUUCUCCCAAAGACCGUUCAAUUUAUCGUCAAUCACCGCUAUAUACCGCCCGUCAUUGGCCAGUAAUUUACUUUCACGAGACGUCACCUCCAAACUGCUCUACCAAUGAUCCCUAG